GUUAUAGAAAAGAAUUCUGGUGGCUGGUGGUAUGUGCAGAUUGGAGAGAAGGAAGGAUGGGCUCCAGCAUCUUACAUUGACAAGAGGAAGAAGCCAAAUUUAAAUAGAAGAACCAGUACUUUGACCCGCCCAAAGGUUCCUCCCCCAGCACCUCCCAGUAAACCAAAAGACUCUGAAGAAGGAACAACUCCUGGAAUGGUUUCUUCGGGUGAUACCCAGGACUCUCCCCACAAGCUGAAAUAUGAAGAACCUGAGUAUGAUGUGCCUGCAUUUGGCUUUGAGUCAGAGUGUGAAGGGAGUGAAAGUCAUCAUGAAGAGGGCACUCCUGAAAAACGACUGUUUCAGCCCCUCAAACCCUCGCCCAUGUCAUCACUUCAGAAAGCAAAGUUCAAAGUAGGGGAGUCUUCAGAAGAAGUUGCUCAUGAAGAAGAGACCAUCUAUGAGAACGAAGGAUUCAGGCGUUAUGUGGAAGAUGCUUUGUCCAAUAAGGAAUCUAGUGGAGACUCUGAUUCUCAGAAAAGUUCCUCUCUGUCCUUGAUCCGAAGGAAUUCUCCAUGUUCCAGCUCUCCUAAAUCAUCACUUGUGAAGCUCAAGACAGACAAAAACAUCCAGCCUGAUCUUGGAAAAUGUCACUAUUCCAGGAAUGAGGAGACAAAACCAAGGUCAGCUUCAGAUGUUGGCUUACGUAGCGUGCCAAGAACAGGCAUGAGGAAAGAGCCUGGUCAGAGUCCUUCCAUUAGAGCAAAGCCAAUUGUUAGGCCCAAACCCUUCCUGAACAAGGCAGACUCUCAGAGCCAAGAAAAGAUGGAUAUUAGCACUUUAAGGCGUCAGCUGAGGCCAACUGGGCAGCUCAGAGGUGGACUUAAAGGUUCAAGAAGUGAAGAGUCUGCGAGCCCUCCACGCACAGCUUCUGAGAACCAAGAUGACCCUGUUAGGAGAAGCUCAGCUGAUCUCAUCACAGCUCCUUCCCGUGGCAUUUUCCUCCCCAGCCAUACAGCCAAAACUGAGCAAGAAAAUGACUCCAGAUGUUUCUAUGUGACCACUGACUCAUACCAAAAGGUACAGGAUUCUGAAAUUUGCUUCCCAGCAGGAGUAGAAGUGGAAGUGCUGGAAAAGCAAGCCAGUGGAUGGUGGUACCUGAAGUAUGGAGACAUGGAAGGCUGGGCUCCUUCCCAUUAUUUGGCUCUUCCUGAUAACCAGCGAGAAGCCACAUCAGCUGAGACUGAUUCCUCAUUUGCCAGGAACAGGAAAAACGAAAACAAGUCAAACAGUUUAGAGAAGAUAGAGAAGAGGGUUCAGGCUCUGAACACCAUCAACCAGAGCAAACGUGCAACACCACCCAUCCCAAGCAAACCUCCUGGUGGUUUUUCAAAAGCAUCAGGGCCAGUUAAAAUGAGGAAUGGUGUGAGACAAAUUGCUGUCCGUCCGCAGUCAGUGUUUGUGUCUCCACCACCGAAGGACAACAACCUGUCGUGCUCCUUGCGCAGGAACGAGUCUUUAACAACUACAGAUCAACUUAGGACCGUCCGUCGGAAUUCCUCCUUCAGCAAUGCGUGGUCCCAGCCUGGUGAUGCAAAGGGAAAGCAGCCUGAGCGGUCAGGUACAGAGAGCUCUGAGACCACCUCCAACCUCCCUGCACAGAGGAAUGGCAUCCCUGUGUCCACAGUCAGGCCUAAGCCUAUUGAGAAAUCCCAGUUCAUCCACAACAAUCUCAAGGACAUCUAUGUUUCCAUUGCAGACUAUGAAGGGGAUGAGGAGACUGCUGGGUUUCAGGAAGGUGUCUGCAUGGAAGUCCUCGAAAGGAACCCAAAUGGCUGGUGGUACUGCCAGAUCAUGAAUGGUGUGAAGCCAUUCAAAGGUUGGGUGCCCUCAAAUUAUUUGGAGAAAAAGAACUAAUACUGCAAUACCUUUAACCUCCCUAAUUUAUACUGUUCCUGCUGUGUACAUGUGGAAAAAAUAAUUGCUACACAAAAAGACAUUUCUCUGUGCUCCAGUUUGUACAAAGGACUCUAUACUGAGGACAAAUCUGCCAAGUUUUGGAGAGGUUUGUGGGGUCUACAUAUAGUAAGCAACUAUGAGGAAGGUGCAGCAUAGUCAAAUGCCUUUUUGUGAAGUUGUUAAUAAUCUUGUAUGUGUAACAGGGUAUAACAUCCCAUCCUUCCCAUUAUUGAUAGGAAACCAAACGUGUGCCUUUUGUGAGAGAGAAAUACACAUGCAUCUACUUGAGGAGUUACGUGCCAAACUCUGUUUUACAAUCCUGGCUCCCUUUCUCCUCAUUCUUGUCCAUACGUGGAAUACCCAAGAACUUUGAAUGGUUUUCCACAACUUGCAGUGAGAAGCAAAUGGAAGUUUCUGAAACACAGAAGGACUCUAAUCC